CAACAACAACAUCCACCCUCCACUUUCAACCUCUUAUCUAUUCCUCAAGACUGCAAUUAGUCUAGAGCCGCGACUUACCCCCUCUAGCCGCUACAUACCUACCACCCAGGCGCGUCAGUCACCCGGCGCGCCGCACAAGCUCUCGUUACUCGACCCCCGCGCUCGCUAUUCGUCAUGGCGCCUCCUACCGUUUGCCCCCAGUGUAAGAGCACGGACAUUGCGGUCAACUACGCAGACGGCAAUGUUGUCUGUCAGAGCUGUGGUCUCGAACUCGCCAAGGACCUGCUGGUCUCAGAGGUCGGCUUCACUGAGGGCGCUGGUGGGCGUGUCCACCAGUCGGGCACAUUCCUUGUCCACGGUGCGACCACCUUUGCCGGCUUACCAGGCGGCAACGCCAACUCGAGCGAGAGUAUCAAGGCCGAAGGCAGGAAGAGGAUCGAACAGAUCUGUAGCAACAUGGGUAUCCUCUUGAGCGUUUCGCGCACUGCUCAGCGAUUCUACUCUCUCGUUGUUGACAACAAGUUCAACCGUGGCCGCCGUACCGACUAUGUCCUCUCGAGCUGCCUCUACCUCGCCAGUCGUGUCGAGAAGGAGCCAUCGAUGCUGAUCGACUUUAGUGAACGUUUCCAGAUCAACGUUUACGAGCUCGGCGCGACCUACUUGAAGCUCCGUCAGGCGCUCAACCUCGACCGCGUGUUGCCCGAGAUUGACCCUGCGGUGUACAACAUCCGCUUUGCGAACCGCCUCGACUUUGGCAACAAGGCCACCAUGGUCGCCACCGACGCGUCGCGCCUGGUCAAGCGCUUCCAGGCCGACUGGAUGACGGCAGGUCGCCGCCCCGCGGGUAUCUGUGGCGCCUGCAUCAUCAUUGCCGCGCGCAUGAACAACUUCCUCCGCACGCCCGAGGAGGUUGCCCAGGUCGUCAAGGUCUCGCCUCUGACCAUCAAGAAGCGCCUCAUCGAGUUCUCGCAGACGGACGCGGCGAACAAGACUGUCGAGGAGUGGCGUGCUCUUACCGACGCCGAGCUGGCAGCUGCCGACGAAACGGAGCUGCCUCCCAGCAUGAAGCGCGAGAUCGCCAAGAAGCAGAAGCUCGAAGCGGAGAGGAAGCGCAAGAGGAGCCUUGAGGAGGACGAGGAAGAGGAGAGCACGCCAGCCGAGACGCCGGCUGCGACACCAGCCGGGACGCCAUCGACUUGGCGCAAGAAGCGCAACCGCGACGCCAACGGUGUCCUCAGAAAGAUUGCGCAAGAGGUCAACGACGUCGGCGAGGGUGAAGGCGACGACGAAGAGGACCUCGGUAUGGCGGCCCUCGCCAAGGAAGACUACGUUGUGGACCUCCAGAACGCGGGCGACAACUCUCCAGAGGCCAAGGCGCAGCGUGCCCGCGAGCGUCGUCAGCUCAUGGCGAGCUUGAAGCAGGCAGACGGGCGCGACGCCGAGGCGGAGGAGAUCGCCGAUGUCGACGACGACGACAAUGCGCAGGCCGAGGGUGACGAGGAGGUGGAAAUCUUCGACGGGUUCAAGGACAUCCCCUCGCCUCCCGACUGGGAUGACACGGAGGCGGUGUACGACUACAUUGAGGAGCACAUCUUCAACGAUCAAGAGCUCAUCUACGGCUCGAACAAGGCUGCUAUGCGCGAGCGUAUUGACCGCUGGCUCCAGGGCCGCUCUGCGGAGGAGGUCAUCAACGAGAUGCGCCGCGUCGAGUGGGCGCGCCACCACCGCGAGCUGUUCGCCAAGGAGCACCGCGAGGAGACGUUUGACGACAUUGACGACGAUGAGCUGGACCAGUACUGGGUUAUGGAGGACGACGAGCGCGAGACGCGCGCCCGUAUCUGGCUGAGCAGCAACGGCAAGUGGCUCGAGGAGGACAAGGAGCGCCAGGAGCGCAAGGCUGCACUCGCGCGUGCCGCCGAGCUCAACCCCAAGCCCAAGGCGAAGAAGCGCAAGCGCGGUACGGGCAACGGUCAGCGUGGUCCGUUCCCCAGCGCGCGCGACGCGAUCGACAACUUUGCCGCGCAGAAGAAGUUCUCGGCGCGUAUCAACAUGGACGCGAUCCGCAAGAUUGGCAUGGGCUCCAACGCCGACUACGAGGACGGCUUACAGUCGAUGGGCGAUGAGAAGGACGAUGAGAAGGAGGACGAGGAGCAUGACAGCCGCUAUGAUGAGAAGGAGGAGCGCAUUGCCGCGGGCGAGGGCAAUGAGGAGGAGGAAGUCGACUGGUUCAACCAGUAA